AUGUGUCGCAAAUAUGACCUGGUCGCUCAGACAGGUCAGUACGAGGAGAUGGUGCGCAGGCGCAAGAGUGUGAGAUGGGAAGGUCCGGCGUACCCAAACCGUGCGAGCGGCAGAGGAUUGAUUGGCCUGCGAAUGGCAAUGUUGAAGAUCGGCUUUCAAUCCAACUGGAUGAAUGACGGUCGGGCGAGGGGAAAGGGGAGUUUGAGCAGCCACCAGGCCUGGGUUGGAUUCAAUGCAGUCCGGCGGGCUUUGCGGGCUUGUCACCGGGCGACCGCCUGCUGGAAGCACGGGCGCAACCCUGGAUUUGUGAAAGAAAAGGAUGAGGAAGAAGAGAUUUGA